AAGACGUCAAUAAUGUUGUUGUUGCUGGUGUGGGAGAAAGAGUGGGAGAAAAGAGAGAGAGAGAGAAAGAGUGUAAAUAUGGAGGCAUUGAAAAACGAUAGAAACCCGUCCUCCUCGUUAAAUCACACCUUUUAAUGUAAGGAAAUAAAAAAAAGCACAGACGAGCUGUACGGAGGAGAGCGAGGGAGAGCGAGGGGGACACACCGAGGAUCCAAAGCCGUGGAGAGGCGACCUCUGCGCCGAUACGCCUUCCUGCCGGAGGGACCCAGCGGCACCGAGAGAGCGAGCGUGGCCGCUCACGAAGGACUAACGCCGGCUGGCAGUUUGAACGGGCUUCCCAGGAAGAAGAAGAAGAAGAAGAAGAAGAAGCGGUCCCGCGGGGAGAAAGAUCGCGCCGCACAAGACCAGCUGAUGGCGCCAAAGGACCAGCGAGGCCGACAUUAAGAGGAGAGCCUGAUUCAUCCGUCUGUCCGUCCAUCGACUGUCCCCUAACACAUGGCCGACUCAGAGGACCCGCUUUAACACACGUGUAACCACAGCAGGGUGAUUUGGGGGGGGUCCAGGUUCGACCUUCAUGAAUUCCUCACACGCCUCAGUGGUGGAGGUGAAGAGCAGCCUCCCAUCGGGCAUGCAGAGCCCAGUAGGAACAGCCAGCGAGCAGAGAGGAGGAGGCGGAGAAGGAGGUGCGUGUCCAGGAGAAGGCCCGGGUGGGGGAGGCCCAGUGGACCUGCGGACGGAGGCCAGGGUGGGGUCCCUCCCUGUGGGCGCGGCAGCUGCGGUGGACACAGCCAUGAGGGAGCAGCAGCUCCAGCAGGAACUUGUGCUCCUCAAGCAGCAGCAGGAGCUCCAGAAGCAGCUGCUGUUCGCCGAGUUCCAGAAGAAACAUGAAGUGCUGACGAGGCAACACGAGGUGCAGCUGCAGGAGCACCUGAAGGUGUGUGUGUGCAAGCAACAACAAGAGCUGCUGGCGGCGAAGCGGCAGCAGGAGCUGGAGCAGAAGAGGAAGCUGGAGCAGCAGAGGCACGAGGAGCAGGAGAAGCACCGGCUGGAGCAGCAGCUGCUGCUGCUGAGGAACAAGGAGAAGGGCAAAGAGAGUGCCAUCGCCAGCACAGAGGUGAAGCUUAAGCUGCAGGAGUUUCUUCUCAAUAAGAAAGAGCCCGGCAUCGGCGGACUGAACCAUUCCUUCUCCCCAAAGUGCUGGGGAGCCCAGCACAUCUCCCUGGAGCAGGGCUCUCCUCCGCAGAGCAACACCCCAGGAACUCCUCCCUCCUACAAACUGCCCCCGCUGCUGGGGAACUACGACGGCAAAGAUGACUUCCCGCUCCGCAAGACAGUGUCGGAGCCCAACCUGAAGGUGCGCUCGCGGUUGAAGCAGAAGGUGGCAGAGAGGCGGAGCUCUCCACUCCUCCGCAGGAAGGACGGGACCGUGAUCAGCACCUUUAAGAAGAGAGCCAUAGAGAUAUCAGUCUCCUCUCUCUGUAAUAGCGCUCCAGGUUCUGGUCCCAGCAGCCCCAACAGUUCCAACUCGGCUAUCGCCAAUGGCAACACGGGGUCGGUCCCCAACAUACAGACCGAGCUGAGAUCCCUCCACCAGACGCUGGGGGCUGAUGGGACAUUAAGUCCUCUCAAUCUCUACACCUCGCCCUCCUUGCCCAAUAUUUCCUUGGGGCUCCCAGCCAACACGCACAUCACGACCGCCCAGGCGCUGUCCAACCAGCAAGAGGCUGAGCGUCUAGCCAUCCAAUCGCUGCGGGGGGGCGGAGCUCUAACAGGGAAGUUUCUCUCCACGUCGUGCCUACCUGCAGGGGUGGGGCACGAGGUGGAGCCCCCCAGCUCUCAUUCUGCCCAUUCCUCAUUACUGCAACAUGUACUACUGCUGGAGCAGGCCAGACAACAGACUACUAUGCUAGCCGUCCCCAUGUACAGCCAGUCGCCGCUGGUUACCGCAGAGAGAGGCGCGUCCAGCGGUAUGCGGGCGGUCAACAAGUUGCCUCGCCACCGGCCGCUGGCUCGUACCCAGAGUGCACCUCUGCCCCAGUCGCCCCAGGCCCUGCAGCAGCUGGUGGUCCAGCAGCAGCACCAGCACUUCCUGGAGAAACACUACAAGAUUCUAUCCAAAGGGGUGGACCUUCCUAGGCCGCCGCCGACACACCCAGAGGAGACCGAGGAGGAGCUAACGGAGACUAACGACAUGCAGGAGGAUGACGAAGGGCCGAGCCUACACAGGCUUCAGAAGGAGGGGUCAGACGACAGCACACACUCCUCCGAGCGGCUCGGCGUGCACGUGAAGAGCGAGGAGGAGCAUGGAAGCGUGCACGUGAAAGGGGAGAGCACAGAGAGUGAGCUGGAUGAAGAGGAGGAGGAAGACGACAUCAUCCAACUGAGGGAGUGCGACGAAGAGGAGAGGGGAAGCUAUACACAGGCCUUGCAGCAGCUGGGCGUGUUCCAGUCCCUGUUGCCUCACAGACCUCUGGGGAGAGCGCAGUCGUCCCCCGCCGCCCCGGUCAACCCCAUCAAGCACCUCUUCACCACCGGACUUGUGUAUGACAGUCUGAUGCUGAAGCAUCAGUGUGUGUGCGGCAACGCUCACAUCCACCCAGAGCAUGCUGGGAGAGUGCAAAGCAUCUGGUCCCGACUGCAGGAGACGGGUCUGUUGGGGCGCUGCGAGAGGAUUCGGGGGCGAAAAGCUUCUCUGGAUGAGAUCCAGUCGGUCCAUUCAGAGUUCCACACUCUGCUGUAUGGAACCAGUCCGCUGAAUCGACACAAACUGGACCACAAGAAGCUGCUGGGUCCAAUCAGCCAGAAGAUGUACGCCGUUCUCCCCUGUGGAGGAAUCGGGGUGGACAGCGACACCGUGUGGAACGAGAUGCACUCGUCGGCGGCGGUGCGCAUGGCGGUCGGCUCGGUGAUCGAGCUGGCCUUCAGGGUGGCGGCGGGGGAGCUGAAGAACGGCUUCGCUGUGGUGCGUCCGCCGGGCCACCACGCCGAGGAGUCCACCGCCAUGGGCUUUUGUUUCUUUAAUUCAGUAGCCAUCACUGCCAAGCUGCUGCAGCAGAAGCUGGGUGUGGGCAAGAUCCUCAUCGUGGACUGGGACAUUCACCAUGGCAACGGCACCCAGCAGGCCUUCUACAGUGACGCCAGCGUUCUCUACAUCUCCCUCCAUCGCUACGACGACGGAAACUUCUUUCCUGGCAGCGGAGCGCCAGAGGAGGUGGGAUCGGGGGCUGGGGUUGGUUUCAAUGUGAACGUAGCGUGGACCGGGGGAGUGGAGCCGCCUAUGGGGGAUGUGGAGUACCUCACUGCCUUCAGAAGCGUAGUGAUGCCCAUUGCCCAGCAGUUCAGUCCAGAUGUGGUCCUGGUGUCCGCGGGCUUCGACGCCGUGGAGGGUCAUCAGUCUCCAUUGGGAGGCUACAACGUCUCCGCCAAGUGUUUCGGGCAGCUAACGCAGCUUCUGAUGGGUCUGGCGGGCGGCCGCGUCAUCAUGGCGCUGGAGGGAGGUCACGACCUCACGGCCAUCUGCGACGCAUCGGAGGCCUGCGUCGCGGCGCUGCUGGGAGAGCCGUGUGACUCAGGGUUUCAGUGGCCUCAGGAGAAGCCGUGUCCAAAAGCGUGGGCCUCACUGGAGAGAGUCAUAGAGAUCCAGGAUAAACACUGGUCGUGUCUCCAGAGUUUGUCCCAGACGAGUGGCCACUCGCUAUCUGAUGACCCCGUGGGGGCCCGGGGCCAAUCGGAAAAGGACGAGGCCGAGACGGUCAGUGCCAUGGCCUCACUCAGCGUCGACGUUGAGCGGCCGGGCUCUGAUCCAGACAACGCGGAAACCAGCAGGUGCACAGAGGAGCCAAUGGAAGAAGAGCCUGUAUUGUAAAAAACGUUUCACUUCCUUCUGGCACGUCCUCUUCCUUCUCUUCUUCCUCCGCAGAGUGUGCGUUGGUACACACACACACACACACACACACACACACACACACACACACACACACACACACAGAGCAGAGUUGUGCCGUUGUGGAGGACUCCCAAGGAGGACAUUACGGAUUUCAAAAGGCGCUGUGGAAACCACAGACACGUCUUCGCCAUCAGCCCGCGGUAGGAGCAAACGACUUGUUGGCGUCUCCACGGUAACCACGGGAGGGCAGCGUCGGCGAGGGGACACGUCUUGUAACCUGCAUACUUUUACCACCUGCACACGGCACCACAGAGGUUUUUUCCUUCCUCUUGGGUCCCCGCUCCUCGGUGUCCGCAGCAAAGAGUCAAACCGAGUGGGCGCCCUCUUGUCCGUCUGCCGGGGGAUCGAACCGGGCGCCGUCGGGUCAGAGGAGGAGUUCACUGUUUGUAAAAUGAGCAGAGGAGGAACUAGGUGCCUUUUUUAAGAAUAAAAUCAUCCCAUCAAAAACACAAAGCCUCAGCAAAGCAAGCAGCCAAUCAGGACUGAAGAAACCGACGCACAUGCUCACACAGCGGCCCGUUCACUCAGUUCUCUUCUUGUUUCUUCAUCUGGAUGCCUUAAUUUGUCCUUAUCUCACUAUUCAGCAACCUCGCGAGGGAGAAUCAUGAAUAUAUAUAUAUAUAUAUAUAUACUGAAAACAAUUGUAUGUUCCUUCAAAUCUGACAAUAUUCCGCCAGGUAUUCCCGAUUUUGAUUUAUUUUGGGAAGAAAAGCAUCUGAAGCCAUCAUCACACACUGGGGGUCCCCAGUGGGCGUCUGUUGAAUAUUAACGUCUUUCACCGUGGAUAUUGACACGACUCUGACCCGUUUAACAGUAUUCACUGGUUGAGAAAUGUAAACCGCCAAUCCGUCUCCGUCACUUGGUCUGAGCCCCGCCCCCUUUUGCGCGAGAACGUGGGAUUGUGGCACGUUUUCAAACCGCACAACGUCCAGCACGUCCCCCUUUUUGUUGUUGAAUUUAAUAUUUUCUCUUUGGUGUAAAUACUUUCUCCUGUCCUGUUGCCUAUGGUUACGUCACAGCAGACGCAGUGUGUCACUUUUCUAUAACUGUACAUACAUAUAUAUAUAUAUAAAAAACCCACAAAAUACUUUCUCUUUUUCUAUAAAAAAAGAACUAAAUAUAUAUACACACACACACACACACACACACACACACACACGUGUGUAUUAUGUUCUAUCCGAUCAAAUUGGAUUCAUGAAUAUAUUCUAUUUGGAGAUUUGAUGUUUUAAAGGUCUGGUUGUUGACAGGAUAUAAGCACAUUGUUUGUUUGUUUAUAUACGGUGAGGACGACUGGAUUCUUUAGCUGUUGGAGGUCAAACGCAGAGCUUCAGUUCCUCUGCCAGGAACCAACCAGCAGCGCAGACGCAGUAAGGACAGAAAGGGGGAUGUAGAGGUCAGAGGUCGUAUCGAGGAGUAGUUUGGUCCAGCGAUGAUGUAACUACGGCCAACGCGCCGCAGUUCCCAUUUCCACGGAGUCAUUGCGAGCAUGAGGCACUAACUUUUUGUCUAUUUUUUGCUUCUGUGCAGCCCUGAAAACGUCUUAAAUAGGAUUUUAAAUGAACAAAAACACAUUUGUAGUUGCUGCAGGUCUUAAUUUUCUCAGCUGAUGCCGAGUUCUGUCCUCCAAAGAAUUCACUACUCGUGAGGCGUAACACAUUCACAACCUCCUUGACCUCCAACAACGCGGGACACCCUUUGCCUUUUGGGUUCCCCCGUUACUCCGGUACGUGACAGUAACUGAAGAACUGGCACCGAUACUCUAGAUACUAGAGGUUUGUCUGUGCUGCGAAUGAAGACUGCCUUGGCGGACAGAAUUGCAGAGUGAAAGGCUUUUUCCACGUAAAUGGUGAAGAACUUUCUUGGUUAUUUUCAAGGACCAUCCUGUUAAUUUGUAUUUUUAAUAUUCUUUCUGUAACUAUAUUUUUAACCCAACUCAAAUUCAUCAUGAUUACGCUGCACCAACCCAAUUAACAAACGUGUAUUUAUUUCAAUUCUAAUAAUGAUGGCUUUAGAAACAUCUGUUCUGGCCACAAAUGCCUGGAAGAACCAGCGUGGUUAAAUAUCCAGGACUGUUUGUUUUCCGCUUCUUUUUCUCAGAACUCCCAAAAGCUUUAAACUACCGCACUCGCUCGCUGGAGAAAACCCGAACGGAGCCUCCGAACCGAGUGACGCCGAGAUGGAAAAGCAGCAGGUUCCUCUCCUCAGAGCGGCAUGUAGCAGCAGGCACCCGCCUCCUCAUCCUGCCGUCCUGAAAAAGGAACCUGCCGCUUUUCCAGCGCGGCGCUACUGACCAUUCCAUCACCUACAUGGACUCCAUUUCCCACAACCCUCAGCUGGUGAGCCAGUGUUGUAGCCGACACCGCAAAUCUUCUGGGUCCCAUCUGGUCAAGGUUAUAUAACACUAAUGUGUCAGCAACAACUGGGGAGAACUUUCUCCCAGAGGCUCCCUUCCGGCUUUUGUGGUGGAGCGUGAGCAUCAAUCAAUCAAUUCAUUGAGCCGUGUUUCCUGGCAGUUCUCUUUCAAAGUACCAAAGGCCAUUUUGUUCGUUACACCAGUAGUAAAAAAGCGGCGCCUCAAGUUGGAUGGAGGGACAAUUGUGCAAUUAACAGCCCAACGUUUAAGAUAAAAUAUCUCAAAGUAUGAGCACCAGCAUCUGGUGGCCAUUGGAGGAACUGCAGCAUAUGUUUUGAACGUGAGGUAAUUCACAACUUGGGUCGAGAACCAGUGAAUAGAAGUUUGAGAUAGAAAGAAACACAAGCAGGCACCAACGGACCCCAAAAACGGCUGGAGGCCUCAGCCAAGUGUUCCUGUGCAGCCCGAGUCGUUCCUCGACCUGAGGAGAAGCAACGUGGGCGACCUGCAAGCAGUUCAAGCAAAAAGCACUCGGAGACGGCUACUUCACGAAGCUUUAAGAGGCUGUUUGAGGUCAGCUCGAUUCGGAGUUUCUGUCCCUCUGCCGUCCUGAGGCUGCACGGGUCUACUGUCGCUACCGGACACACACACACACACACACACACACACAGCUUCACUGUAUAAUUCUCGACACGUUUGAUACGUUUGUUUCUGGACUCUUGGACGGGGACGGAAGAGGUUCCGUUGGGUGCGACUGAUGCCUCUUUCCCUCCUUUGAGGGAGACGUCCUCUUGUCCGACCGAGGAGGAGCCCCCCCGCGGCGUUGAGACGGAACGGAUCACGAGCACAUUCCUGACUGUUUUCUGUCCACAUUGUUUCCAGUUCUUACCGACUCACAUGUACAUACAGCGCAUAUACGUGUAAACAUGUGCAAUACACGCUAUUUGAGCAAUCUAUUACUGUGAUUAUUAUUGAUGAUACUUGUCCCCUCCCCCGUCUCAUGUCGCUCAAAUGUGUCGCAAGAGCAUGAACACGGGAGGAAGGUGACUCCUGUGGCUGCUCACUCAGACAUUUUAAUGAAGCCCUUUUUAUUUCUUUUAUUACUCACUGUAAUGUUGUGACGUUGAUCCUGAUGAUCUGUUUCUUUGUGUUUGUUUUUUUAAGUGGGCCUGUUAAACUUGUCUGGAAACUGAAUAAAGCAACUCACUGACUGUG